AUGGUUUUCAUCCUGGGAAAAUCUCUCGAGACUUUCUUUGGCAUCGGUCCCAAUGUCUCCUCCCGCCUCAUGGCCCGCUACCACAUCCACCCGACAGCGAAAAUCGGCGAUUUGGCAAACCCGCAGGUCCUCGAUAUUACAGCUGCGUUGUCCGAAAUGAAGAUUGAAAAUGACCUGCGUCGCCAGGUCCUUGAUGAUAUUAAGCGGUUGAGGGAUACGGGUACUUAUCGUGGAAGGAGGCAUGCAUUAGGUUUGCCUGUGAGAGGACAGAAUACUCGCAACCAGAUUAAAACGGCAUACAAACUCAAUUCGGCAGAAAGGAGACUUUGA